AGAGCGGGCCCCCCUCCUCCUGCUCCUCCGCCCCUCCCUCCUGCUCCUGCUCCUCCUUCCGAACGCCGAGCGGAAGUCUCCGAAAACAGACGGCGCUUUGACGAAGCGCGGCCGGACGUCCAACGAGACGGCGCGCGCGCGCGCGAGGAGGAGGGAGGGGGGCGAGGGGUCAGAGGUCACCCCGAGCGCCCGAGGCCUCCUCCGGAAGUUGCCGAACGCCCCCGAAGCUCCCGGGGAGGGCAGGCAGCGGCGCCACACAAGAUGGCGGACGGGGAGGAGGUUACUCUGGACGGGAGGCCGCUUCAGGCGUUGAGGGUCGCCGACCUGAAGGCGGCUUUGGAAGAGCGGGGACUGCCGAAGAGCGGGCAGAAGAGCGCCUUGAUUAAGCGGCUCCGUGGGGCCCUGAUGCUUGAAAACCUCCAGAAGCAUUCAACCCCCCACACCACCUUCCAACCCAAUUCCCAGAUCGGGGAGGAGAUGAGCCAGAACACCAUCAUCAAGCAAUACCUGGAAAAACAGCAGGAGCUGCUGAGGCAGCGUCUGGAGCGGGAAGCUCGGGAGGCAGCUGACUUAGAAAGCAAAAGUUGCGUCAUCUCGCGCAAGAGGGAAGAAUCGGACGAAGAGGAACCCGGAAACCAGGAAGAGCACCUCUCUCGGGUCAGGCAGGUAAAUGGCAGGAGCACAGGUGGGGCGGGGCGUUCUGCCUGGCCAGAGACCCACGCCUCGGAAGAGGGAGGUGGAAGGGGCCAAUGGGCGAGGUGA